UCCUGGCGGCAACUAUCUGAGGGGAAGGGGCCCAAGUUUGAAGACCAACUAUGGCAUCCGGUAUUCGCCUUCCCAAGCACACGAAAGUGGAAGCAACCGCGGGAACGAAACUCUUCUGUCGUGGCAAUGGCGGAGGAAGCUUCAUGGAAGAUGGGUGAUCUCGGCGGAUUGGGCCGCAGGGUCGUUCAGGCGAAGCCCAUCUCAGCAUUUCUUAUUUGAGCGCUGCGCUGAGUGAGUAAGAGUAGGCCUAAGCGCAGAAUACCGCCCUUGUCCACCAACUGCCGAGUCCUCCUCUUACUCCCCUCAGAGUUGAGCAGCCAAAAGGCCAAGAGCCGUUACUACGUGCAGAUGUUGGAUUCCUUACGGUCUUCCAGAAACCUGUAAAAUGGCUUCUGCUUAGAUUAUUCUGCAAGAGGCUUCUUGUUUUUCGGCAUUCCCCUUACCGUCCAUAUGUUCUAGUGGUUCGGUUUUCGGCUUCCGAAAGGUUUUUUUACCCUACUGAGCGCCUGCCUAUUGUGAGCGUGCGCAACCAUAAUACCAGAAAUUAGAAAGAGGACGAAAAAGAAGAGAUGGCGAUGGUCAGCGAAAUACUUAUAGAGGGCACCGACGAAGAAAGUUCCGUCAACCCAAUCCUCCCGCCGCUUCCGGCUCCUCAGCAGGGGGUUGAAUCAAACAAAAUAGCUGCGCAAGCUGGUUCCUUUAAGCAUCGGAGACAAUCAGACCAGUCAGAUGUACCGUCCAAAUCAUUGGGCGACUUAGCAUUGCCUUUUGUAAGAUUGGGCGUGCCUCCCGCCAGUCCUACAUCUGUGAGGGGAAAUGUUUUACAGAGCCCAUCUACAACCAGAGGGAGAUCCUCUAUCAGGAGUCUACUUCAAUGGCCAAGCUUCAAAAGUAAAAUAAAAUCUUCGGAUGGUGAAAAAACUGCUAUUUUAUGUACUGGGGAAUCAUCGAACGGCCAACGGGGGAAGAUUCCCAUUAUAAGAUCAUUUUCUUUGUCAAAAGCAUUGGUGCAUCCUUCGAUGAGAAGAACAUCAUCGUUACCAGUUGCUAAUUAUACUGCUGAGGCUACAACCAAUGAGCAGAACACGUAUGAUCCAUCUGUAUCAGUUAAAUCAGUUGUGAAGCACAUGUGCCGUUCUCUAUCUGUUCCUUUGAACGCCAGACCCAAAAGCUUGAGACGGACGGAAACCUUAGGAGGUUUCUUUCGUGUAAUUCCUAGUAGUCCUCUUAUUGCUGCAUCAGAUCAUGUCACCCCAAGUUCUACAUGCGUAGAAGAUGCUGAUGCCAAGGAGAAAGGUGAAGAUAUAUCUGAAGAAGAAGCUGUAUGCAGAAUAUGUUUGAUUGAACUAGAUGAAGGUGGUGAGACUUUAAAGUUGGAGUGUGGCUGCAAAGGAGCGCUUUCACUGGCCCAUCAAGAGUGUGCCAUAAAAUGGUUUACCAUCAAAGGAAAUAAAAACUGUGAAGUUUGUAAGCAGGAGGUUCAAAAUCUUCCUGUUACUUUACAGAGAAUUCAAAACAUUGAUAAUGUGAAUAGGCAGAGACGUUAUAGACCUCAGCGACGUGAACCACACUACAGGCUAUGUCAAGACAUGCCCAUUCUGAUCAUUAUUAGCAUCCUUGCUUAUUUUUGCUUUCUCGAGCUGUUUCUGGUUGGGGAGAUGAGAACUGGUUCGCUUGCUGUGUCCUUGCCAUUUUCAUGUGUCUUGGGUCUUCUGGCUUCCACAACAGCAUCUACAAUGGUUAGGAAAAGGCAUGCCUGGAUAUAUGCAACUAUUCAAUUUUUGUUAGUGGUGCUUUACGCUUACCUCUUCCAUUCCCUGAUUCAUGUUCAGAUCGUUCUAUCCAUCCUACUUUCUUCUAUGGUUGGAUUUGGAACUGUAGCAUGUGGCAGUUCUCUAAUUGUGGCACUCAACCGGUGGGGUAGACAGGGGAGGCUUGCUUGGUUGGAGUAUCAUGACAACCCUCAGCAUGUACACUCACAACCCGGGCAAUCAUCAGGAGCACAUUCUCAAGAGUAUGCCUUCACUGACAUAUAAGGACCAGAGGUUGCUUAAGCAUAUAGCUGGCUUGGUUGAUUAUUGUACUCUUAUGUUUCUUAAGCACUAAGGAUAGCUUAGCAGUGUACAUAUUUCAGUCAAAGUAUAGAGUUCACCAUCAUCUGGCUUGUGAUUAGUCUUAUGUAGAGCAUAUACAGUACUUGUAAUGCCAUUUACACGGACAGAGAGAGAGAGAAAGAGAGAGAGAGUUCAUUCCA